CUUCAGAAAGAGAGAGAGAGAGAGAGAUUGUUAACAGGCGAGGCGGUGCAGCGAUUCUGAGGAGCUAAUAACUAGAAAACAACACCAAACUCACCUAAACCUGCAGAACUGAACUGAAAGCUGCAGAUUUCCCGCUGAACUGCUCCUGUUCCCCGGAGCACAGCUGCGCUGCUUUAGAGCAUGCAGGUUUCAACAAUGGUCCGCUGACUGGUCUGUGUGGAUGUUCCCUGAAUGACAGAAAGCCCCUCAGGACUUCAUUUCUACAGUGAAACUUCAGCAACGCACCAUGACGCACAGGCAUUCUCAGGGAUCCAUGGGGGACCAGUCUCCCCUCAUGCUGGAGGAGAGGCUUUCACAACUUCACGUAAACAACCAGCCUGGACGAUCUUUAUCCAACACAGACCUUUCCCAACCAGAGGAGACCAACCGGACCCCCGUGGUGCUCAGCACCAAGAGCGAUGCUGCCUGCAAGCUGGGUACCCAUCAGCUUAUCCCCAAAAACCUAGCGGUAAGCAGUCGUCCAAAGAAUCGUCACCACACCACAGUAGUGACCCUUCCCGUCCGCCUGGAGGCCCAGAAGAGCACCCAGCGCUUAUCCCACAACCCAGAGAUCUCCUGGGAGGACUAUGAUAGUGAUGGAGAUGAUGGAUUCUCCAUGCGAAGGAACCGCAGGAACAAGUCGUACCGAGCUGCUGUCCCCUACUUUGAGUCAGACACCUCCUUUAACAAAGACCUGCUGCAGCCAGUCAGUGAGGAGAGGACACCCAGUCCCAAGCCGGCACCCAGUCCAGGACGCAAGAGGACCUUGGGUAGGAAGAGAAACCAGAGGCAUGGAGGAUCCUUUAAAGAUGAUCCAAGGUUCUACCAGGAGAUUAAAGAGCGAGGGUUACAGUCUAAUGCUGUCGGCACAGAGAAUGAUGAGUUUACUCAAACCGAAAUGCCAGAGGAGGACCAGGGCAUCGUCGUAAAGAGCUACAAAGCGGCAUACGUGACCUGGAGUCAGCUUCCUGUGGUACAGGAGAUGGGUAUUCUAGAGACGAUCUCUCCUGAAGAGAGAAAAAGACAAGAGGUCAUCUUUGAGAUUAUGACUUCAGAGUACUCCUACCUGCACAGUUUGAGCAUCCUGGUGCGCCAUUUCAAAGCCAGUGACGAUUUGAGGAAGACCAUGACGGCCACCGAGCACCAUCACCUGUUCUCAAACAUCUCCGUCAUCCAGGCAGUCAGCAAACGGUUUUUUGAGGAGCUUGAGAGGCGUCACCAGUUGGACCCUGUAAUUAAGGACAUCAGUGAUAUUGUACAGGAUUAUGCAGCCAACCACUUCAAGCCUUACAUCGUGUACUGCUCCAACGAAACCUUCCAGCAGAGGACCCUGCAGAAGCUACUUGCGAGUAACACGGCCUUUAAAGAGGUGCUGAAAAAGAUAGAGUCCAGUCCUGAAUGUGGAGGAUUGCCCAUGAUCUCCUUCCUCAUUCUGCCCAUGCAGAGAGCCACCCGCCUGCCCCUGCUGAUGGAUACCAUCUGUCAGAAGACCCCCAAACAGACGACCAAUUACUAUGCAGCUCGUUGGGCACUAAAGGAAAUCAGCAAGCUUGUGAAGAGCUGUAAUGACGGAGCCCGGAGGAUGGAGCGCACUGAGCAGAUGUACACCAUCCAGAAACAGAUGGAAUUUGGGAGGAUCAAGCCAUUCCCGCUAGUAUCAGCCUCUCGCUGGCUGCUGAAGAAAGGUGAGCUGGCCAUAAAUCUGGAGGAGCUGGGUCUCUUCUGGAAAGCUUUCAGCCACAAGAGUUACUGGCUUUUUGUCUUCAAUGACGUGCUGAUCGUCACAAAGAGGAAAAGUGAGGAGAGCUACGUGGUGUGUGACUACGCCACCCUGGAGAAUGUGGAGGUAGUAGAGGAGCAGGCUGACUCCAAGCACUACCUGCGCCUCACCAUGAAGCCCAACAGCGAGGGGCGCUGUGAGCAGAUGGCCUUUGUCUCUGAGAACAAGCUGGACAGAGCUCGCUGGGUUACUGCUCUGAGGAGACACAAGCAAGCCGAGAGUAUCCUUAGCAAUGAUGAACUGCCUCAGUAUGAGGCUACCAAAGCUUAUAUGCCAAAAGAACCAGAUGAGCUGAGUAUGCAGCAGGCUGAAGUGGUAAUCGUCCUACAGGAAGUGGAGGGUUGGUGCUAUGGGGAACGGAUGAGGGACGGUGAGAAAGGCUGGUUUCCAGCCAGCUGUGCUACACAGAUUACCAACCCCACCGCGCUGGAGUCCAACAUUCAGCAGAUGGAACGACUGCGCAAGGAGACCAAUGUCUGAUCAGACUGCGGAACUACCCCAUAUGACCUCCCUCCUGAAGGCCUUUCUGUAGAUCAUCUAUUUCAGGAAAUGUGGUUUUAUUGGACGACUUUGACUGUAUAUAUAGAGUAAAUGAACUACAAAAUACUUCCAACAUUUAAAAGUGAUCAAACAUGAAAGAACAACAAUAGAGGACAAUGUUCGUCUUUGACUUUUUAUUUUUGAGCUUGCCUUUGUUAAAAUUCAUGUCUGAAUACAUAAAAAGUUAUUUAAAAAUGUCAAACUGACCAGAUAUCAAAUUACUUCUUUUAAAAACCAUUUGGUGUAAAAACUUAAGACCGAUUUAGAAAAACAUCUGCUGUUUCCCCAAAACUCUUAGCUGUCACAUAAAAAGAAUGGAAAAGAAAACAGGUCUGCAUAGAUUCUGCAGGCAAUCGGUGGUAAUCUGGUCAAACACAUGUUGCAAGCUUAGACGAUCGUCAGGUCAAAUCUGGUUCUUAUUGCUCAGAUCUUGGAUGUUUCUUCUUGUUGU